UCCGUAUCCGAACCGCAGAUCUAUAACGAUCACUGCUCUCCUUCUCUUCCUUCCCAAACUAACUUCCCUCACAAGUCACAAAUAUAAUGCUUCUCCAACAUCAACUAUAGAAAAAUCCCAAUCCGUUCAAUUUCUUACAUUAUAAUAAAAUAAUUAUGGAGUCCGAGAUGGAGGACUUGAAUUCCAAGCCACCGGAGCCUCGCCCACCGGAGUCCGCCGAGCACGAUGGCGCCACAGCCAAGGACGAUCGGCCCCUCCUCAAGCCCGAGGCAGUAGGUGUCUCAAUCGAAAGCCUCCAGGACAUGGAGAAGAAAUUCGCUGCGUAUGUACGCAGCGACGUGUACGGGCCCAUGGGAUGCGGCGAGUUGCCAUUGGUGGAGAAGGUCCUGCUCGCUGUUGCUUGUGUGACGCUGGUGCCGAUACGAGUGAUUGUUGGCAUGAGUUUGUUAGUUUUCUAUUACUUUAUUUGUUGGAUUUGUACUCUCUUCUCGUCGCCGAAUCGUGACGGGGAGCAGGAGGAUUACGCGCACAUGGAAGGUUGGAGGAGAGCCGUGAUUGUUUCCUGCGGGAGGUUUUUGGCCCGAGUCCUACUCUUCGUGUUUGGGUUUUAUUGGAUUAGAGAGACCUAUGGGAAUCCAGAAGCUUCACAAGACAAGCCCUCUUCGCCCAAUGAGGAAGAGGGAAAAGACCAAUCUGAACACCCUGAAAGACCUGGGGCGAUUGUAUCUAAUCAUGUAUCAUAUUUGGAUAUUUUGUACCAUUUGUCUUCUUCUUUCCCGAGUUUUGUUGCUAAGAGAUCAGUGGCUAAACUUCCUCUUGUUGGUCUCAUCAGCAAGUGCCUUGGUUGUGUUUAUGUUCAGAGGGAGUCUAAGUCAUCUGACUUCAAGGGUGUUGCGGGUGUGGUGACUGAAAGAAUUAGGGAAGCUCAUCAAAAUGGGUCCGCCCCUAUCAUGAUGCUUUUCCCAGAGGGCACAACUACAAAUGGAGACUACAUCCUUCCAUUCAAGACAGGUGCCUUUCUAGCAAGAGCUCCUGUGCGUCCAGUGAUACUAAGGUAUCCUUACCGGAGAUUCAGUCCUGCCUGGGACUCAAUAUCUGGGCCUCGCCAUGUAAUAUUCCUACUUUGCCAAUUCACUAAUCACAUGGAGGUGACAUGGUUACCUGUCUACAACCCAUCACAGCAAGAGAAAGAUAAUCCAAAGCUUUAUGCUGAUAAUGUUCGAAGGUUGAUGUCUAGAGAGGGCAAUUUGAUAAUGUCGGAUAUUGGACUAGCAGAGAAGAGAAUAUAUCAUGCUGCUCUCAAUGGUUUGUUUUCCCAAUACUAAUUUGGAUUCACCACUCUGUAUAUACGUUAUAUGAUUCUAUUUGCCAAUACCGUUAGAAUUCAAACAAAGUAUCUAUUUACCUGGAUUCUGAGGCAUCAUUCGGAGCAUUACUGGCGAUUUUGGAAACGGGCCAUUUUCCACGUUCUGUUGUUUUAGAUGGAGAUUCUGGGUGCUGAAUAUUCUAUUCAGCAAGUGACUUAGGCGUUGCUGAUGGUGCUGCAUAACUUGGUAUUCCUUUGUAGAUUUUAGUACUAGUGUCUGAUCCACUUAACAGUUAGUUACAGGCGUAUUUCAAGCUUCCACUGUUUUUUGUUUUUUUUUCUGUCACUUCCUUUUGACAAAUAAACCAAAGAUAAUUUGUUUUCCAUUGGACUUUCUGCUA